CUGACGUUUGUUUGACAGCGACAACGGUAUUGUUGAUGUGACGAUGUUUGGCGCUAAUAAUUUAUUUUUAUGUUAACUUGGCGUAAUAUUAUUGAAUGGUCGUUUUAAAUUAAUUGACUCAAGCCAAAAUGCCGGCGUUUCUCAAAUAUAUUGAUAUGGAAAACUUCAAGUCCUAUCGGGGACACCACCGAAUAGGACCUCUGAAAUCGUUUACCGCGGUAGUAGGGCCUAAUGGAUCAGGCAAGUCCAACUUCAUGGAUGCUGUAAGUUUUGUGAUGGGUGAAAAAACUUCCCUGCUCCGUGUGAAACGUCUCAGCGAUUUGAUACAUGGAGCCUCCAUCAACAAACCAGUAUCCAGAAGUGCUUCAGUGACAGCAACAUUUGUCCUCGAGGACAUGACAGAGAAGCAGUUCCAGAGAUCAGUGAUUGGACAGUCAUCAGAACACAAGAUUGAUGGACAAUCUGUGUCAACAUCACAAUACCUGGGUGAGUUGGAGAAGCUGGGUAUCAAUGUGAAGGCCAAGAACUUCUUGGUGUUCCAGGGAGCCGUUGAGAGCAUUGCUAUGAAGAAUCCAAAAGAGAGAACUGCACUUUUUGAGGAAAUCAGUGGAUCAGGGGUUCUGAAGGAACAAUAUGAGCAUUGUCGUGGAGAAGUGAAUCGCGCUGAUGAAGAGGCACAGUUCUCUUAUCAGAAGAAGAAGGGAGUGGCUGCUGAGAGGAAGGAGGCCAAGUUUGAGAAGGAGGAAGCUGAGAAGUACACCAGGCUUAAGGAAGAAUUGCAAGAGCAAAAGAUCGAGCUCCAAUUAUAUCACCUGUACCACAAUGAGAAAGAAAUCCAGUCAAUGGAGGAAGAUCUUCAGCACAAGCAAUCUGAGCUGACCAAGGUGGAAAAGAAGCGACAGAAACUGGAGGAAGCGCUUAAGGAGAAGAAAAAGGAGGCUGGAGUUGUGCAGAGAGAGACUGCCAAGAUUGAGCAGGAGAUUAGAGAAGUGGAAGCUGAGAUCUCAAAGAAGCGGCCAACAUUCAUAAAAGCGAAGGAACGCGUUACUCACACGCAAAAGAAGCUGGAGAGUGCACUGAAGACCUUGGAGCAGGCUCGCAAGGCUCACGAAGCUCACCAGGCUGAUAUCAAGAAAUUGGAGGAUGAACUCCGGCAGAUUGAGGACCAGAAGGCACAGUGGGAGCAUUCCACGCUCGGUACUACACAUGCCGGCCGGGCUGAUGUACACCUUGAGGAGGCACAGAUUCGCGAAUACGAGGAGUUGAAGAUGGAAGCGUCUCGCCAGGCGGCCCGCUACCUGCAGGAGCUGGACUCCGUCAACAGAGAACAGAAGGCCGAUCAGGAUAGACUCGACAACGAGCUGCGACGCAAGGGGGAGUUCGAGAACAAACAUCGGCAAAAGGGCCACGAGAGAAACGAGGCAAUGAAGCGAGUGGACAAGCUGAACGAGCACAUCAAGAGCUCCGAACAGGCACUCGAGGAGCAGCGCCGACUUCGCGCUGAACUCCAGGCGGACGUGGGUUCGUGCCGGGGCCGCGCGGCGGAGCUCCAGUCGCAGCUGGAGCAGGUGGCGGCGGCGCUGGGGGACGCGCGCGUCGACAAACACGAGGAGGCACGCCGGAGGAAGAAGCAGGAGAUUGUCGAGAGCUUCAAGAGAGAUAUUCCUGGCGUGUACGACCGCAUGAUCAACAUGUGUCAGCCGACCCACAAGCGUUACAACGUGGCCAUCACCAAGGUGUUGGGCAAGUACAUGGAGGCCAUCGUUGUCGACACUGAAAAGACUGCCAGGAGAUGUAUCCAGGUGCUAAAAGAGAGGAUGUUGGAGCCAGAAACUUUUCUGCCUUUGGACUACAUUCAGGCCAAACCUCUUCGUGAAAGACUGAGGGACAUAAAGGAGCCCAAGAACGUGAAGUUACUAUUCGACGUGCUCCGCUACGAGCCCCCGGCCAUCCACCGCGCCGUACUCUUCGUCACCAACAACGCGCUCGUCUGCGAGACCCCUGAAGACGCCUCCAGGGUCGCCUACGAUCUGGAUCGUAGCAAGAACAGCCGAUAUGAUGCGCUGGCACUUGACGGUACCUUCUACCAGAAGUCAGGUAUCAUCUCCGGAGGUUCAUUGGACUUGGCGCGCAAAGCCAAGCGGUGGGACGAGAAACAUCUCUCACAGCUUAAAGCCAAAAAAGAAAAACUGACAGAAGAACUUCGUGAGUCCAUGAAGAAGUCUCGCAAAGAAUCCGAACUGACGACAGUGGACUCCCAGAUACGGGGACUCGAGUCCCGGCUGAAGUACGCGAUCACUGACAGAGAUACCACGCUAAAACAAAUUAAGGCGUUGGAUGCAGAACUCGAAGAGUUUGAAAGGAAAAUUGAAAUGUUUGGUCCUCAAAUUGAGGAGAUCGAGCGUACGAUCCACGCGCGUGACCUUAAGAUUCAGGAGAUCAAGGAGAACAUGAACAAUGUGGAGGACGUCGUGUUCCGUGGGUUCUGUAGAGAUAUCGGAGUCGCUAACAUUAGACAGUACGAGGAGCGCGAGCUGCGCGCGCAGCAGGAGCGCGCCAAGCGGCGGCUGGAGUUCGAGGCGCAGGUGGACCGCGUCACCUCCAACCUCGAGUUCGAGCGCUCCCGCGACACGCAGAAGAACGUCACGCGCUGGGAGCGCGCCGUGCAGGACGCCGAGGACGAGCUCGAGGGCGGCCGCCAGGCCGAGGCCAAGCAGCGCCAGGAGAUCGACGCCGACCUGCGCCGCGCCGAGACACUCAAGGCCGAGCGCGCCGCCGCCCGGACGCGACAGGACAACGCCGACGAACAAGUCAACAAGGCCCGCAAAGAGUUGACAAACAUCCAGAAAGAGAUUCAGACGAUCCAGAAACAGACCUCCAGCAUCGAGGCUCGCAUCGAGAGCAAGCGCAGCGAUCGACACAACAUCCUGCGACAGUGCAAGAUCGACGACAUAAUAAUACCCCUGCUGGAGGGCAAUUUGGAGGACACAGCGGACGGAGAAUCUGACCCGUCCUCCAUGUCCACCACACAACAGUAUAAAAAGGAUUCCAGGAUCCUCGUAGACUACAGCUCAUUAUCAGAAAGCCUGAAGGAGUUGGAAGAGCCUGACGAGAUCAAGCGCAAGGCUGACAAGAUGCAGAAAGCAAUCAACUCGUUGCAAAAUACCGUCGACAAGAUACAGGCUCCUAACAUGAGGGCCAUGCAAAAACUCAAUGAGGUUCGAGAAAAAGUCAACGCUACAAACGAAGCGUUCGUCGCAGCUAGAAAGAGGGCGCACAAAGCUAAACUGGCCUUUGAAAAGGUUAAGAAGGAACGCCACGAUAAGUUCAUGGAGUGCUUUGAGCACGUCGCGAAUGAAAUCGACGCUAUCUACAAGGCUUUAGCAAUGAACCAGUCGGCGCAGGCGUUCCUCGGUCCCGAGAACCCUGAGGAGCCGUACCUGGACGGCAUCAACUACAACUGCGUGGCGCCGGGCAAGCGGUUCCAGCCCAUGUCUAACCUCUCCGGAGGGGAGAAGACUGUCGCUGCACUCGCGCUACUCUUCGCUAUACAUAGCUACCAACCGGCCCCAUUCUUCUUGCUCGACGAGAUAGACGCAGCUCUGGACAACACCAACAUCGGUAAAGUGGCCUCCUACAUCCGCUCCAAGAAGGGAAGCCUGCAGACUAUCGUCAUAUCACUUAAAGAGGAGUUCUACGGGUGCGCGGACGCAUUGGUCGGCAUCUGCUCUGAGCCGGCGGACUGUCUGGUCAGUGACGUGAUGACCCUCAGUUUGGAGGACUACGAAGACUAAUAUAAUACAACGUUGUUGUUUGAUAUAAACUGAACUUAAUACAAUUGAAUAAUACACAUAUUUUUAUAUUGAUGUUUACUUCAUUCCUUUAUUGUCUCAUGUGUCGUCGCUAUGACCAUAUCUUCAUAAUAUAUUAAGUGUUAAGUUGACAUAGUAAA